AUGUCAAGUUGUAUAUAAAUGACCACAGGCUUCUUUGAGAAGCUAACAUCGAAAAUUUAUGAUAUAAACAGAAAACGCAACAGCAGAGGCUGUGACAGAGAGACAUAAAAAUGUAUGGGAGCAGCCAAUUCGAUGGAAGCGCCGCAGCCUUCAUGGGCGGCGGAUUCAUGCCUACUCAAACCGCGCACCCUCCUUCUGAUUCCUCCUCCAUCUCCAAAAAUCGGGAGGCGCGGGGCUUGUUUCCCCUGACUGUGAAGCAGAUAAGCAACCUAGCAAGUAAUGAUGAAUCUAAUUUCAUCAUUGAUGGUGCUGAAGUUAACAAUGUUACAAUUGUGGGGAGGGUAUCCCACAAGGAAGACAAGGCCAGCGAGUACACUUUUUUAGUUGAUGAUGGAACUGGACAGAUUGAAUGUACCAAAUGGGUUCAAGAAAGCUUAGAUACAGAACAAAUGGGGGAAAUCUUAGUUGGCAUGUAUGUUCGUGUUCAUGGACACUUGAGAGGGCUGCAAGGCAGAAGGUUCUUGAAUAUCUUCUCCAUUAGGCCUGUUACUGACUUUAAUGAGAUUCCAGGCCAUUUCAUUGAGUGCAUAUAUGUCCACUUCUACAAUACCAGGUUACAGGGUGUCACUUCUCAGCCCCCAGUAGCAAAUUCAACAAGUAUCCCUUUAAAGGGAUAUCAAACUGCCCCUCCAUAUCAAUCUUCUGAGUAUUCCAGUGCUGAUGGACUGAACAAUGUUAGUCAGAUUAUAUUAAAUUUCUUGCAGCAACCUGCAUAUCUGAACACCGAGGGAGCUCACUAUGAUGUCAUUGCCCGUCAGCUAAACAUUCCAGUGAAUAAGCUCAAGGAAGAACUACAGAUGCUGGUUGACAAUGGCCUCGUUUAUACAACAAUCAACGAUGAUUACUAUAAAUCUACUGUUAAUGCCUGAUAUCUUUAUAUGUUUUGCUAAUGGUCAUGCGGCCUUGGCAGUAUUUGGAAAAGUAGCACACUUUGUAUAAGGUGUGUCCAUGGAAUGUGCUUCCGUUUGUUUAUAUGAAAUGAAGGUAGAGUCCUGCUGUUAUAUAGCAUA